UGCCUAUACCAGUAUAGGACUGUAGGUCUACAGCUGAAGGAGGUGAAUGUUCUGUAUGCUCACUUAUUUUUUUGACCUGCCUGUAAUCGAUCAUUUAAUAUGUUUGAAGUAUUUGCGUGCGUAUUCUAGCCUAAAUUAUUUUAAUGAGUAGCUCAGUAAUUUUGGAAAAUACAAUGCAACUUCGGUCAGAGAGAACAAUAGCGUAUUGCAUACCCAGUAUUUAAACUGCUGAUAAGAAAUACACGUCGAAUAACCGCAUCUAAUUUCGAACCGGUCUUAUCUAGACGGGCAUAGGACAAUGGCGACGUUAACAAGCCAGGAUUCAACCGCUCAAGCGAGGGUUUAUUUCCAAACGCCUCCCGGUACCGAGGAUUCAGAAGUCGUCCAGAAGCAAGGCCGGGUAACCGUGAAAUACGAUAGAAAAGAGCUGAGGAAGCGACUCAAUUUAGAGGAGUGGAUAAUUGAGCAGUUAACGGAUUUAUACGACUGUGAGGAGGAGGAGAUUCCAGAGUUGGAGAUUGAUGUGGAUGAGCUGUUGGAUAUGCCCACUGAUGGAGACCGGGCAACCAGGGUCAAGGGUUUGCUGGUUGACUGUUACAAACCUACAGAUGACUUUGUCACGGCUCUCCUAGAGAAGGUUAAAGGUCUGCAGAAACUCAGCACUCCGCCCAAAAAGAAUGAAAAAUCUUCUCCUUAGCCUCAGAACAACCCCAACUGAUUACAACUCAGUUCUACACAGGGACACCCAGCUAGAAACCCUCAGCACCUAGAAUCCUUCAAUCAGCAGGAUUGGUAGAGGGAAGAAGAUCGACUAAUCAAAUCUCUGCAGCAGGGAUUACUAUGUCUCUGUCUUUGUUAAAACUAUUUGUGGAUUUAUAAUCAUGUUAUACAUAUACAGUAGUAAGUGAUGAGUGUUCAAAUAUCAGAAUAUAGUACAGCAUUGAUAAACUGAUGACAUGGAGGAAGAACAUGACAACAUUUAACUUGAGCUAUAAGUCACCAACAAAGCAUGACAAGUACAUAAACCUCAUAGUGAGUCAUGACAGAUGCAACUUUAUGCAGUCUAACAAAUGUAACUCUUUGGUUAGUUGAUUAGUCAACGUCACUGUAUGUAUAGUGCGGCAGGGUAGCCUAGUGGUUAGAGCGUUGGACUAGUAACCGGAAGGUUGCAAGUUCAAACCCCCGAGCUGACAAGGUACAAAUCUGUUGUUCUGCCCCUGAACAGGCAGUUAACCCGCUGUUCCUAGGCCGUCAUUGAAAAUAAGAAUUUGUUCUUAACUGACUUGCCUGGUUAAAUAAAGGUAAAAUAAAAAUAAAAAAUAGUAACAGCUAGAAAUAGUGGUUGGUAAUAGUUGGAGCCAUGUCAUUUUUACGAUGCCAUUUUAACUAGGAUUUACUGGAGAAUGGUUUAUUUGGUUUAUUUGGGGAAACGGUAGUUAAGUCUGUGUAAUGAUUUCAAGCCGAGCACUGUCAUCACCUGUCUAACAUUUCACACUGGACUACUGGGAGUGAACAUUAUGCUUUCUGUUACACCUUUGACAUGAGCAAGUGUGGACAGUUAUCAAAGAUAAACACCAGCAUGCCACACAAGGCACUGUAAUAACAUCAGUAGCCUACACGUUUUCAUUGCGCACAUUUUCUGUUAAAUAUACAUUUUGGGAAUAAUGCAUGACUGACUCUAUAAAACACAGGAAAACAUUUGCAAAUUAGGGUUAGAGCCCAUUUAAAUCCAUGACAUGAACUUUCACUACAGUGAAUGCUUUUGAGUCCUACUAUAACAUAUGGUUCAACUGGUUUCCCCUCCAUAUCCUCCACCCUGGUGCCUGAGAGUGACGGGGUGGGUCUGUUUCUCAGACCUGACCCAAGUAGAUAAAAAAAUAUAUAAAGUGAAGGCCUUUCUACUUGUUUCUCAAACCGAAAACACUUAGUCAUUAACCAUACAGUAAGCACUGCGAAAAGAACUUCGGCCUUAGAAGACUACAGCAAUGAUUGUAUCGACUAUUGUGGAUUAAGCAAUGUCUUUGAAAAGUAUGACAAUUGGUCCUGCAUUUCGCUGCGCCCGCAUGUGUACACCUCAUUACUAUAAUUCCUUAAUCUUUUGGACCCCAUUGAGAUGUUAUUUUGGGCAGGCUUUUAACUACCAGAUUCGCAGUGCAUCUCCUAGAACCUGCAUCACGUUGAAGACUGAAUCAAAUCAUGAACUGGGUUACUGUGUUCAUUUAGAGUGCUGGAGGUACAGUAGGCGACUGCAUAAUCUGUGGUGUGUGUGUUUAAGAUGUGAUUGCAAAACUAGUGACGUAAUGUAGCAAUACUUAAUGGUGCUGUUUAACAAUUUGUUACAUUUUUAUUAAAAUUCAACAUGUGUUUUACCUA